AUGAAGAAGUCAUCUAAUAUUAAUCCAAAAAUUGACCAACUUGGUAAAUAUUUCCAAAGUAUAGAAAGUAUGGUAAGAUCUCUACCAUCAUAUAUUCAGAUUAAACUAAAAUCACAAAUCUCUCAACUUGUUCAUAAUGCUGAAUUGGAAGCAGUCUCUACAACAAGUCCACCAAUGCCAACAAAUACUAGAUCAUCAAUAUUAGAUCUAGAGCCUACCUAUCAUUCAAUGUCAUUUCCAAUUUCCUAUUCAUCCACUUACCCAACAACACCUCAUAAUAUGUCUGAACCUCAAAAUCAAGCAAACAACCCAAGUCAUGAUUUACAUGACAAAGAUGUAUACAAAAACUUUUAUUAG